AUGCUCAGGACUGCAGAGGCAACAUCGGUUGCGAGAGCAAAAGGAUUCAAUAGACAUGAAGUCAGACGUUUCUACGAGAAUCUUGAAUCUUUGAUUGAUAAACGCAAUAUUGAUGCAUCUAGAUUUUAUAAUAUGGACGAAACCGGUAUUUUGACGACACCAAACAAACCCUCUAGAGUACUAUCAAUAAAAGGAAAGAAACAGGUGGGCAUAAUUGCAAGUGCGGAGCGAGGUCAAUUAACGACUGUCAUCGGGUGUUGUAAUGCCGCUGGAUCAUUUCUACCACCCUUCCUAAUUUUCGCCAGAAAUAAGAUGCAACCCAGACUUCUUGACGGUGCGCCUCCCGGGACUCAAGGUACUUGUACGCCAAGUGGUUGGACUUCAGGUGAGGUAUUUCUUGAUUGGAUGCAUUUCUUCGUAGAACAUGUACGACCUAGCGCAGACAAAAAGGUACUUCUACUCUUGGACAACCAUGAGAGCCACAAAUAUUAUCCUGCUUUGGAAUAUGCAAGUAAGAAUAGCGUCAUAAUUUUAUCCUUGGCCCCGCAUACUACUCAUAAAAUGCAACCUACGGAUGUGGCCGUCUACGGCCCACUGAAACGAGAGAUUAAUACAUUCCAAAAGGCUCAUCCUGGACGCAUUGUAAAUCAGUACGAUGUAGCCAGACUGUUAUCACCAGCUUUUCUAAAAAGUGCAGUCGCCAUAAAUGCAGUUCAUGAGUUUGAACGACCUGGAAUUUGGCCAGUGAACAAAUAUGCUUUUGGGGAUGAAGACUUUGAACCAGCGGAUGUGAUUGCAGGCAAAUCAAGUAUGAAUGUCAGCACAGUAGGCAUAGAUUCGAUACAAACAAUAGACAUCCCUGAUUCCGCUGCCUCUUCAACCCCUUCACCCUCACUUUUACAAGAAUGCAAUUCGACAGUUGAUCCCCAUUCAGAAAUAGUUCUACCUCCAGGAAAAGCUACAAUUUGUGAAUUAUCUAAACCUCAACCUCAAGUCUCUGUUGCACCAAUUGUAGUUUCCCAAGAAACUACUAAAACCUCAGAAAAUAUUAUUUACAGUGAAGUAUGCUCCAUUAUUACACUGGAACCAGAAACAAUGUCUCUUAAAGCUUCUUCUACUUUGGAGCCAGAUGCUACAAAUAUUAAUGUUAUGCAUCCUUUAAAAAGUGAUGCAUUGUUAACAGGUACCUCAAAAAAUACACGCAGAUAUGUGAACCGUGAUGACCCACCGAAUCCGGAACUGGAUAUUCAAACUUUCACUACAGUCCCGUAG